AUGGCCAGCAGCCACAGACCUCCAACAGCUCAUCCUUCUUGGACAGCAAGAAUAGGGCUGCACAAGCCUACCUCUGCAUCAAGGACUCCGUCAGCAACCAGAAUAGGAACAGGGAUGCCUCCUAGUACAUCAAGACCUGUUUCUCGUGGUGUUUCUUCAACUACUGGAGGAGUCUUACCAUCUCAGAUUAAAGUUGCAGACCGCCCAGUGACUCAACAGGGAUUAAGUGGAAUGAAAACAGCAGUGAAAGGUCCUCAGAGACAGAUAAUGGAUAAAACAUAUUACUUAGGACUGCUGAGAACCAAAACAAAUGAACUCACAACAGAAAUUAACAAGCUGCAGGAAGAUGUAGAAACUUACAAGCAAGAGAAAUCUGUCUAUUUGUCAUAUGAAAAAAGGGCAGAGGCUUUAGCUGAUGAAAUAAAGGAACUUCAAGGUCAAGUAGCAGACUACAACACGGUUGUGGAUAUACUUAACACCAAUACAGAUACUGCGGAAGUGAUUAGAGAGUACAAUAUGUUAAAGGCUCAGAAUGACCGAGAUGCUCAGAGUGUGGAUAAAAUUUUCACAGAAAGACAAGCCAUAGAAAAGUUAAUUCAUGAUGUAGAAGAAGAUAUUGAACAUGAAAAGGUUGUAGCAGAUGACAUAAUAAAAGACAUGUCGCAGGAAAAUCAAGCUAAAUAUAUGAAGAUGAAGGCUGCAAACGAAAAGCUUUCUCAGGAAUUGGUUGUUCAACAGAUAUGCAAGAAAGAUUUUCUUGUUCCACAUUCCACUACUAUAAAAGUAGCACAGUCCCAGGUGAAACAGAAGGCUGUGCAGCUGUAUGAGAAACUUCAUGAGCUCGAGGAACGUCGAGAUCAAAUGAUUGCUGAGGAUAAGAAUUUGGAAUCUCCACAGGAGGAAAGAGAAAGAUUACUAAAGCAGAUUAAGGACGAUAGUCAAGAAAUAGCAAGCAUGGAGAGACAGCUGGCAGAAGUAAAUGCAAAAACAAGCCAUUUUAAAAAGGUCAUUCAACGACUUGAUAUGGAUCUGGAGAAUCAUCAAGGAGAUGAAAAUUGGAAAUACAAGGAGCUGAAGAAGAGGGAAGAGAGCAUGGACAAUUUUCUUGAGACUUUUGAAGAGGUGAAGAAGCAGGAAUUGGAACGAAAGGCCCAAAUAGAAGCUAACAUUGUUGCACUCCUGGAGCACUCAAGCAGAAAUGUGAAUCGUAUGAAACAAAUUUCAUCUGUAACCAAUCAAGAGCUGAAGAUUAUGCAGGAAGACCUCUCUUUCAAAUCAAAUGAAAUGCAGAAAUCACAGAGCACUGCUAAGAAUCUGCUUAUAGAGAUUCAAAAACUGCAAAUGGACCUACAGAAGAUGGAACUCUUGGAGGGCAAGAUGGUAGAUGAAGUGGCUUCUCUUAAAGGCAAAAUUGAACAAACAAAAUUGGAUUUGGAGGUCUAUAAUAAUUUGCCAGCUCUGAAAGCAUCAGGAGAAGAUAAGAUAAAGAGGCUCCAGGAUGACAAAGAGAAGCUAACAAAACAAAGACAUGCUUUCAAGAAAAUAAUUGAACACUUGAAUACAGAGUAUGAGACAAUAAUGACAGAGCUUCAAGAGAAUGAGACAUAUUCUCAGCUUACAAAUUUGGAGAGGAAGUGGCAACACCUUGAGCAAAAUAACUUUAUGAUGAAGGAAUUCAUAGCAACGAAAAGUCAGGAGAGUGACUACCAGCCAAUAAUGAAGAACGUGAGAAAGCUUGUGAAAGAACACAAUAAAGCUGUCAUAGAAGCUUUACAGAACACCAAGAACUGA